AUGUCGUCUAAUGUACCUUUUUCAUUUGACGAAAAAGCCAUUGUUGUGAGAGAUCUAUACACUCUGUGCCUCCGUGACUUUUGUGACGUGGUUUACCGUCCGGGAGAGGAGCCAGUUGAAGGUCGAUGUCCGGUGACAAGUUGUAGCUAUUCACUGGAGAUGUUGAAAAAGCCCACGAGAAGCAACCACAUCCAUACUUGCGUUCGCCAAGAAGUUUCUCGUACCAUGGGAAUUCCCUUUCAACAGGUCAAGUAUUGUUGGAAGUGCUUCACCUUCUUUGAUGGAGAGAGCCUGGAAUUCGAAAGGCAUUGCGCAAGCCAUCUCUCAACGAUGACUAGCAAGCAUUACGAAGUGAUGGUGUAUCGCCCGCCACACCACGAUCAGAGCCGGAUACUGUAUCGAAUGCAUGUGGGAUGGUAA